AAACAAUACAGUUAGACAAAGAAACCGAAAGGGAAGUGGUUGACUGUUACAAGACGAUUCCUUGUGAAAAAUCCAUAGAGCAAAUCAAAUUAGGUGAACAGAAAGAGCAGACAGUAUUGAAGCACUUGGAGAUGCCUGAUGAAGAAUUUUCCAAAAGUCCUGCAAAGAGGCCUCAUUCUAUGAUGAGAAAAACAGAAGAGGCAAAAGAAGAAGGAGAAGAAAAUGAGAAGAUAGUGGAAUCUCCAUUUUCCAUCAGUCAGGAAAACCAAACAAAAUCACAACAAGGAUUAGAAAUUGCAACAUCUAAGAAUAACAAGAUCCCAGAUACAGAGCUCUGUAAAGACCUCAAAAAGCAUACCCAUCUUUCAUCAACUUCUGUACCAGAGGAAACAGAGACAAAGACAUCAGAAUAUUGCAUGGGAUUUAUGAGGACACAAUUCAAGGGUCAUCAUAGUUCACAGGUAGGAACUGCAACUGAGGAAAUUAUUGAGAUUUCAUCUGAAGCGAGUGAAAUGCCCACCAGUGACUUUCCUUCAGGUACUUCAUACUUCCCUAUGCAUGGAACAGAGGACGAACUCGGUGUGAUGCAUAGAAGGUGCCAUAGUCUUGCAGAGGUAACCAAACACGUAGCAAGCAGAAGUCAAAAUAUCAGCGAAGACACUGAGACACUUACUGGAUCCACUUCCAGUAGACCUGAAAGUCAAGCGAAGAAUGUGGAAAUGCAAAUAGGUGAUUACGUUUAUUCUAAACGAACUGUGCAUCCCCAGACGUAUGAAGCCGAAAGUGUAAACACAAAUAAUCGGCCAAGAAAUACCUUUUUCAGAAGGCUUCGGCUGAGACUCUGUAAGAUGCUCUGGAACUUCUGCAAUAUUUUUGGAAUGGCCACCCAGGAAACUCGUACAGAGACCCCUGAGUCCUCAGUAACUGUUUCAGUAGCCACUUCAGACCUGAACUAUCCAUUGCCUUUUCAAAGCAUGCACGAUAAGACAAUGAGUAACAGAGUCUACGUGUCGUUUGCCUCCGAUAAGGAAACUGUCGUUCUAGAUUUGGGAACAGGCUACCUGAAAGCUGGAUUUUCAAAAGAGAAAAGACCUUCAUGUGUGAUCCCCUGCUUGGCUGGCAAACGCGAUUUGAAAUCUCCCCAGUCGAAACAAAGGAAGAUUAGCAGUUUUGUAGGAAGACAGACACUCCUGGAGAAGACACGUCCAUUAAAGCAUGGCAUUGUCACCGACUGGGAGUCCUUAAAAGAUCUCCUGAAUUACGUCUUCAAACAGAACUUGACCAUUUCAGUUGAAGAACAUGCAGUCUUGGUGUCAGAUCCUCCGAUGAGUCCUGUGAAAAACAGAGAGAAGUGUGCAGAAAUGAUGUUUGAAGAUUUCUGCAUCCCUGCCAUGUGCAUUGCCUACCAACCUGCUUUAUCUUUAUUUUCCUGUGGUACCACAACGGGGGUGGUAGUGGACAGUGGCUAUGGUGUAUCUCAUUCUGUGCCAAUUUACGAUGGCCACUACAUGCCCAGCAAUGUUGUUAGGGCUCACUAUGCAGGCCAGAACCUAAAUGAAUAUUUGCUAAGUUUACUGAAGCAGUCGAAUCAGGGGUUCAAAAGCGCCAUGCAAGACGUUGUGGAAGACAUUAAACAGAAAUAUUGCUACAUCUCGUUGAACGUAGAGCAUGAAAUGAAAACCCCAAGCAAGUAUCAGAUGGAGUAUAAACUCCCGGAUGGACAGCUGAUAACUCUCGGCUCAGAAAGAUUUCAAUGCCCUGAAGCGAUGUUCAACCCGAAAAUGAUGGGAUCCGAGGACCUGGGGUUGCACAUGAUGGCGUUGAAAAGUUUCAGCCGAUUCGAGGUGAACAUCAGAAAGGAGCUGAUGAAGAAUUUUGUCAUCUGUGGCGGCUCUACCAUGUUUCAAGGGUUCCCAGAGCGCUUUGAGCAUGAGCUGGCAAUGAUGGCCCUGGAUGGCACCCCAGGGGUUGUAGCUUUGCCAGACCGUAAUAGCGCAUCAUGGAUUGGAGGCUCAGUCUUGGCUUCCCUGCAAGAAUUUCAGCCUUUCUGGAUUCAUAAGAGAGAAUAUGAAGAAUGUGGGCCAUUCGUUCUGCAUCAGAAAUAUUUCUAGUACACAUAGACAUCGACUGGAAUGGACAGCAGGGGGCGUUCAUGAGCCAUCCAUGAACACAGAAUGAGACAAGGGGGGCAAUAAAAGUUGAAACAUAUUUUUUUUUUUGGGGGUGGGGGGCUCUGUUACUUGAUUCCCCUCCUCCUGGUUGUAACCUUUUACAUUUUGGCUCAGUUUACGUGCAAUUUCUUUGUUUUGAUCUUCUCUUUUUUAUUUGAAUAUCUCUCUAGUAUCUCUCUAGUAAAAAAAAAAUCUUGGGAGGGAGACGAGGGAGAUGAGACGCGAUCUUCUCGGAAGACACUUUGAAGACCCCCGAGACUACUUGCAUGACACGCCCUACUUACAAACAAAUUCUCGGAAACACUUUAACGUCCCACGAGACAAAGAGAUAAAGG